AUGACACUAUGUUCGGGCCCGUACCGUAUCGGCGUCGAUGUGGGCGGCACCAACACCGACGCAGCUAUCAUCGAUAUCGCUGCGACUGAUUCGGCGUCGCGCGGAGUCUGUGCCUCAAGCAAGACUCCAACUACCACCGAUGUGACGUCUGGAAUUCACGCAGUGAUUGGAAAUGUCCUAUCCAAGACUGCAGUCAAUCGGCAGGACGUGCUCAGCGUUGCUAUCGGAACCACACACUUUGUCAAUGCGGUGGUCGAGGCUGAUGCUCGACGUUUGAGCAAGGUUGCCGUUAUUCGAUUAUGCGGUCCAUUCACCAGACUGGUGCCUCCUUUUUCGGAUUUUCCGCCUGCUCUGAAACAGAUCAUGGGCGGUCCUGUCUUCUACUUGGACGGUGGACUCGAAAUCGACGGUCGUGAGAUCACUCCGCUCAACCCAGACCAAGUCAGGCAGACCGUGAAAAGCAUCCAAGCCGCAGGGAUCAAGAUGGUUGCAGUUGUUGGCGUAUUCUCGCCCCUAGACCACCAAGGGGUCCACGAGGAGACCUGCAAGCAGCUAAUGCUCGAGGAAGACCCUUCAUUGUCCGUGGUGUGCUCUCACCAAAUCGGCGGCGUCGGGCUCCUAGAGCGUGAGAACGCAACAAUUCUCAACGCCUCGAUCUUAACGCUUGCCCGACGUACCGUGCGCGCAUUCUGUCAAGCAAUGACCAAAUUGCAACUGAGUUGCCCAUUAUUCCUCACCCAGAAUGAUGGCACACUGACAGAUGCGGCCACCGCAGCAGAGCUUCCAAUUAAGACGUUCGCGUCCGGUCCUACGAACAGUAUGACCGGUGCUGCCUACCUGGCAUCCUUGGACCGCGGUACAAAUACGAAGUCCAACACACAAGUUCUGGUCAUUGAUGUGGGUGGCACAACAAGUGAUGUCUGUGCAUUGCUUCCAUCCGGCUUCCCGCGGCAGGCACCGAACUUUGUCGAGGUCGGUGGAGUGCGUACUGCAUUCUCCAUGCCGGAGGUUUUGUCCGUCGGUCUGGGUGGGGGUAGCCGCGUGGUAUACGAUGCCGAACUGGACAGUGUGCGCGUUGGUCCUGACUCUGUGGGCCAUUAUCUCACCACCCAAGCCCUGGUUUUCGGCGGAGAUGUUAUGACAACCACGGACAUUGUAGUCGCCUCGGGUAAGGCAAAAAUUGGGGAUUGUGCGAAGGCGCAAAGUAUUCCUUCGAACGUGGUCUCCAAGGCGCGGCUGCAGAUGAAGAAGAUUCUUGAAAGGGCUGUUGAAGACAUGAAGGUUUCCGAUCUGCCAGUUACGUUGCUAUUGGUCGGCGGAGGCUCGAUCGUCCAGAUGGAUCAGCUGGAAGGCGUGGCUGAGUGUAUCAUCCCGCCUCAUCAUGACUCGGCAAAUGCAGUCGGUGCUGCUAUUGCCAAGGUUGCUGGGGAGGUUGACAUUAUUGAGAUUCUGGCCAAUCGUGAUGAAAAGACUGUGCUAGAGUUGGCGAAGAAGCAAGCCAUCGAGGCUGCAGUGGCGCGUGGAGCGGACAGGGCAGACGUCAAGAUUGUGGGGAUUGAUAAGAUUCCUCUGCAGUAUGUCACGAACAAGGCCACCCGACUAGUGAUCAAAGCUGUUGGUCGACUGGCUUUGCCCGAUGCUACUGCACCAGUCAUCAACGGCACCCAGUCCAAUGGGGUAGCCAUUAAUGGCACGAACGGCGUAGCGGACCAUGAUGCGGAAGACUCCAGCAACGGAAUGUCUCAAAAAGCAACAUCGGAUGCCCUUGAAUCCUCCGUAAAAUUCUCGGCCUACAUGGAUCUUGACGCCUAUAAGCCUGACGUGCGAAAUGGGGUUUGGUAUCUUUCCCCUGUCGACCUUGAAUUCAUCGCAACUGGUACGGGAGUCCUAGGCACCGGCGGCGGAGGUCCAUCUCGACUUCAAUAUCUCCAAUGCCUCGAGGCUCUCCGAAACCCAGACGCAAAAGGCAAGAUGAGAGUGAUGUCCCCCAAGAGCAUGAAGGAUUCCGAUAUCUGCGUUUUCGGGUCUUGGUACGGAGCACCGAGUGUGUCGGGUGAGCGCAUGCCUGCUGGACCGGAGAUCAUGAAUGCGAUAGAGCAUUCGGUCAAAUAUUCAGGUCAUGAUCACUUCGAGGCUGUGAUUGCCGAUGAGAUCGGUGGUGGCAAUGGUAUGUCCACGUUUCCCACGAGCGUGCACUAUGACAUUCCUGUCAUCGACGGUGACCUGAUGGGUCGUGCGUACCCGACAUUGGAGCAUGGUACUCCAUAUGUAUACGGCGAGCCCAUUACUCCGUGCGCUAUUGCAGAUGGGAAAGGCAAUGUUUCCGUUGUCCUGAAAGCCGAAUCAAAUAAGAGGGUGGAAACCAUGAUUCGUGCGCAGUGCGUGGAUUUGGGCCUGAAGAUAGCAGUGGCGUGCACUCCCCUGACGGGCGAAGCUAUCAAACGCUAUGCCAUUCGUAACACCGUGUCUCAGUCAUGGUACAUUGGGCGUGCAGUGCACAAGGCGAGACGGUCGAAGGCUAACCUUAUCAAAGCCAUUUUUGAUACGUCCCCUGGUCGACUAUUGUACAGCGGCAAGAUCAUCGACGUAAAGCGCGACGUCAGCCGCGGGUAUACAAUGGGACAAUGCACUAUCGCCCCUCUGAAUAGCGAUGAACAAGACCAGGGCUCCAUUGAUAACGGCGCGCAAUCACCAUCUGAUGAGCGCUGCAUAAUCGUACCUUUCCAGAACGAGUAUCUCUAUGCAGCGUACGCAGACGCUGCUGACCCUGACGACGCGUCUCGCCACGAGAUGAUCUGUACUGUACCGGAUCUUAUUUCUAUUCUGGGGCAGGACGGAGAGGCGAUUGGAUCACAGGAGCUGCGGUAUGGAUUGCGAGUCAACGUCAUUGGAAUGUCGGCUCAUCCCCUAUGGACGGGCGAUGCCCGGGGCCUGAAGGUUGGUGGGCCGGAGGGCUUUGGGCUGGAUAUGAAGUGGAAGAGUCUGGGUCCGUAUCAGGAGCCAAGGAGUGUGAUUGAGGAGUUCGACAGGGGGACGGCGUAG